AUGGUGCGGGUUUGGGGUUUGUGGUUGUCGGACAGCUCUGCGGAAGACUCGGAUUACGCUGACAACCGGUGGGUCGAGCGUCUCUUGAGUGAAUCUACAUCUCUAGAUGCCCUUAAGGCAUCCAAAAAGGAGUCAUUCACUGCAAACAGUUCCGUGCCUCACCCUGGUCCUGUUUCCCUUGCGGAUCGCUACUUCACCACGCAUUACUUUGUGGAUGUCUGCGGAGAAGGCGGUGGCGAUGAUCUCUGUGUGAUGCAGCACUCUAACCGCAUCUGUGUGGUGGGUCUAGCUCCAGGCCACCACCUCUUCCGUGGCUGUGGGAAUUCGCCGUCGCGUGACACAGAAGGUGAGCAGAAUCAUGUCAUCCUCGGCGUGGAUUUUCAGCUAUCCAGCUCCUUCAACCUCCUCAAUAGCAAGAUCAGCGGUCGCCGGAAACGCGGUAGCCACCGGUUGCACCAAGGUAGUGACAAGCAGUGCAUUGGCUACGCCAUUUGCGAUCGUGGUGAACGCCACGCCUUGUUGAUUGGUAGUGGUUUGCCUGGACGCCUCUAUGAGUCCAACUCAAGGCUAUCCAUUGUAGCACCCGUGGAGGAUCGUGUUCCCCUGGCACCCAUUGGAGUUACAGGCAACAAUGAGGCUUAUCUGGCCAUCAUUAUGCCGUCGCGAAAAUCACCUAACAAUGAGCACGGUGAUGAUUGUGAAGGAAUACUUUCACCAAUUCUGGAAGGCGAUUUGGUUCAGUCACAUAAAGGGCACCAAAAGAGUGACGGCGAGGAAGCAGGGCUACGGGGAGAGGGGGCGAGAUAG